UCAAUUAAAAAGCUUCUAAAACAAGUAAAAUCGUGCUACGCUGUGAACAGGAAAGCCUCAAAGCCUAUACAGGUAUAUUGAGUUGGAAUUUCUGCAUAUAUUAAUUAGUAUAAGAAAUUAAACAGUUGGAGAAGUAUUACUUGAGAGCUUACAGUAAGCCAGCCUGAUCACAAACCUUCGCUUGGCUGCCCUAAAAUUCGUGGGUGAGAUGCUUGGGCAAGUCGAAGAUCUGAGGAAAAUCGUGUCAAAAUGAUGUGGAAUCUGACCGUCUGGCUGUCGGAAAAACUGAUUAGCUAAUUCUCAGCAAAAUGGCAUUUUUAAGGAAAUUUCCUUAAACUGGGGAAAUUAAUGUCUACUGUUCAUCAACAAUAACUCGUAUAUUCAUCUCAGCUACAUUAGCCAUUUCCAAAAGUCCUGGGGCUAGUCGCGCGAAUCCCUUGUUGGAGGGACAAGAAAUAUGCCAGCACACAUUUAAAUUAAAAGUUCAAUGUAAAAAGGAGAUAUUUCAUUUUUGGUCGUGUAAAAAGUUGAUAUUUGAUAGUAGAUACAGUACUUCUACAUAUUUGACGCCUGUUUCCACAUAUUUUGUCCCUCCAAACGAUCCCAGAAUGCACUGUGAUCUCUUUUGGGAAAAGGCUAAUUGAAUUGAUUUAUCUGUAAUUUUGUCCCAGUGAAACAUGCGUGAUUUCGAUGCGCAGUCGACACCACGAACUGGCGUAAUUGUUAAAAUUAAAAGAAAAAUUAGUAAGAGUAGAGGAAAUGAUUUUUCUCUUUUUACCCACAUUAGCUAUACUUAACUGGUUUUGGAGGUAAUAUUCAAGCAAUUACGGAAGAAGUCUACAAAGAAUACAAAAAUUGGGAUGUAAGUUAAAACAGGUGAAAGUUCUCUGAAAUGUUUCGUUUGUUUAGGAGGAAAAACCGCGUUUCCCCCGCAUUGCCAUUGUCCGCUCACUUAAGUGUAAUUUCCCCUCUUAGUUUUCGUUCAGUUUAGUUUAGUUUUCCGGACUGUAAUUCCCACUCAGUUUUAGUUUAGUUUUCACGCCUUUAAUAUUUUUCCCCGCCUUUAAUUUUCACUCAGUUUAGUUUUGUUUUCCCGCCUUUAAUUUUCACUCCGUUUAGUUUACUUUUCCCGCCUUUUGUUUUCACUCCGUUAGUUUAAUUUUCCCGCCUUUAAUUUUCACUCAGUUUUAGUUUAGUUUUCCUGCCUUUAAUGUUCACUCAGUUUAGUUUAGUUUUCCUACCUUUAAUUUCCACUUCCGUUUAGUUUAGUUUUCCCACCUUUAAUUUUCUUUCAGUUUAGUUUAUACUUUUCCCACCUUUAGUUUUCACUCAGUUUAGUUUACUUUUCCCGCCUUUUGUUUUCAUUCAGUUUAGUUUCCCGCCUUUAAUUUUCACUCAGUUUAGUUUACUUUUCCCGCCUUUUGUUUUCACUCAGUUAGUUUAGUUUUCCCGCCUUUAAUUUUCACUCAGUUUUAGUUUAUACUUUUCCCACCUUUAAUUCUCUCUCUGUUUAGUUUAUACUUUUCCCGCCUUUUGUUUUCACUUAGUUAGUUUAGUUUUCCCGCCUUUGAUUUUCACUCAGUUAGUUUAGUUUUCCCGCCUUUAAUUUUCACUCAGUUUUAGUUUAUACUUUUCCCACCUUUAAUUUUCUCUCAGUUUAGUUUACUUUUCCCGCCUUUUGUUUUCACUCAGUUUAGUUUUCCCGCCUUGAUUUUCACUCAGUUUUGGUUUAGUUUUCCCACCUUUAAUUUUCUCUCAGUUAAGUUUACUUUUCCCGCCUUUUGUUUUCACUCCGUUUAGUUUAGAUUUCCCACCUUUAGUUUUCACUCAGUUUAGUUUAGUUUUCCCGCCCAUGGUUUUCACUCAGUUUAGUUUAACUUUCCUGCCUGUAGUUUUCGUGCAGUUUAGCUUAUAGUUUUCCCGCUUUUUUAGUUUUCAACUCAGUUUUAAUAGUUUCCCCGCUUUGAGUUUCGUAUAGUCUUGUGAUUCCGGCUUUAGUUUUCGCUCAAUUUAAUUAGACUGAUUCCAUUUCAUAGAUUCACAUUAAAAAUGAAGGAUACUUAGAUGUGUUCAAGAGAGACGAUAUUGUCUACCUUACAUCGGACUCGGAAAAUGUUUUGGAAGGUAUAAGGAAUUUCAAAUAGAUUUGAAUUGUUAGAAACGUUGGUGAAAUAUUUGAUAAAGGGAUAAAUGUUAGCCUAAAAGCUUUGGAACCGUUUCCACAAACAUAAUAUUUUAGAUGACUAUACCACUUCAACAAAUAACCUGUAUUGAUAUGCAACGAAACUACAUCAAUAAUUUUAAUUUUAUAAGUUGUUUUAUUUCUCAGAGAUUGACCUAUCAAAAGCUUACAUUAUUGGAGGUCUUGUAGAUCAUAAUCAUCACAAAGUAAGUAUAGGUUGAGGUUCUGCGUUGGAAAUUAUUACACAGUUUGCAUUUCAGGGGCUGGUUGUAUGAAAAGGUAGUUAAAGUCAACUACAGUUAGUGCGAAAGUUUGCCAAUCAAAAUCGCAUAUUUUAACAUUUAACUACAGAAUAGUGGUUAAAAGUAGUUAAGACUUUUAUGCAACCGGCCCCAGGGCAUCCACCCAAGUAAAAUAUAUUAGAUAUGUUUUGCUACUGUCUAUGGUUUAAGUAACAUGAUAUAGUCCCAUCUAUAAGUAUGCAUACCAUAAUGUCUAAUUAUUUUGUCUUGACAAUUUGUCAAAUUUGAGCAUGCAAGUUUUGUUUAGCCGAGGUUUACCUAUAAAGAGGUCUUCACACUUUCAAAAAAUUAAAUUAUUUUAGUAAAGUCUGUGUGUGUCAAAUGUCACUCGUCCUUUCCUCAACUUGUCUGUAAGAACAUGUUGACAGUUCGGCGAAAGCGUAUUAAUAUUUGUGUGUUAAUAUUUGUUAGGACCCCGUUAUUGCAGACUAUCUCUGUUGUCAGUUACUGCUUAUGUAUAUAUGACAUGUUUUUGUGUGGCGUUUUCGUACAAAUGUCCAAAUGUAUAAUUGUUUGUUGUGCAUGACAAUCUCAAUUUGACGAAUCGAUCAAUAUGACGAAUCUUGUAAAUAAAUAAAUUUUAAAAUACUAUUUGGAAAAUCCUCAUGAAGUCCAGCAGACACGCUGCAAUUAAGAAAUGGUAGUUAAAUAGUUCUAAAUUUUUUGAAGAUUUCGUCUAAAAGACCUAUUCAGCUUCCGCCAAAAACAUGUGGGAAAACAAUAUUUUUGCCAUUUUUAGGGAUUGUGUCAUAGGAUUGCAGUGGAAAAUCACGUGACUCAUGCACAGCUACCAAUAAAAAACUUCGUAAAGUUGCAGUCUAGAACUGUACUAACUGUUAAUCAUGGUGAGUACUAUACACUGUAUUAGUUUUUACUUGGUUUAUUACAUCAAAAGAUUCUCUUUGGAAAAAGACCGUUGCAGAUAAUUAACAAUGCUUUUCAAAAUAAAAUAAACCUCUGCGGUUAAGACACCCUGUUACAGCCAAGACAUCAACAUAUACCAUUCAGAAGCAAUGUCUGCCUAAAAAACGUCUUGUAACUUGGGCCUAAAUCUAAGUGAACAUUAUUAAUACCGAACAGCUCUAUCAAUCUUUCCAAUCUGUUUUCCCAAGGGGAAAGGGGUCCAGAAGGGUCAUAUCUUUUUUAUCGAGUUUCACUACAGGAGAAAACCAUAUAUAUAGUAUACCCAACGAAAACCUGUAGUGUUUGGUUAACACUCACUGGAAGUACUGAUCCAAUACAGUGAACUCCAUAUAUGACUGGAACGAUAUCUGUGGCUUUGUUUUGGAAGCCGAUAUCAGGGUUCUCCUUAUCGGCGGUAAUCUGUAAAAUUUACCGUUUCCACGACCACUGAUUACCGCCUGGAGAAGCCCAGAGUUUGUGUACAUUUGUUAAGAAAUAAUUAGUAAUACGGUGUGCAAAAAUCCUAUGAUUAAUCAAUCAAGCAUUGCUUAAAUUCUACAUUAUUUAGCAUCGAUACAGAUUGAAUACAGAAAUGUCCUACUGUAUAAACCCGAUCGAUGAAGAAAUUUUUUUGGCGGAAUGAUUAUAUUAUCAACCCAGCGUGCAUGGUCCUAGGGCUAGGGACUGAGUAAUUAAAUAGCUAAAAAUGUUUAUUUAAUUUAAGGCGUGUGUUUAGAAUAUAAUCUUUAGUAUUCUAUAAAAGUUUAAAUUUCCCUCAAGAUGCAGGAAAUGCCAUUUCAGAGACUCUAGAUUUCAAAAUUGUUCGUGGGUAUACCCCGGAACCCCUAGAGGCUUUUAGGUGCGACUUCACGCUUAUACCUGUUGAAAAACCUGUUUUACCUGUCCCACUCACAACUGUGGAGAACUCUGAAUAUGGCGGAAAUUGGAGCCCAUCUUGUAGGUAUUCCCCUUCCGCGAACUUUCACUAAAUUCAGUACAAAACACGGCAUUCAUAAUUUUUCAGCCUAUUGUUUGUUGAGGCUUUGCUAUGGCAAGUGGUCUUUCAGAAGUAAAUUUUAGAAACACGAGUGGAAAACAACUUCGGAUAAAAAACCGUUGGGAAACAUCAGCAACCUUUUGUUUUUCUAAGUCAUCUAUGAGGAUUAUUAACAGAACGUAGGAUACUAUGGACUUCAUGCAGUUGCAUCAACCCUACCUUGUCAUUUAGUUUUUACCUUGUAGAUAGGUUAUUUACCACUAAAAUGAGCAUUUACGUGCAAAAACUGAAAAACAUCGAUCCGAAAGCUUUACACGCGCGUUUUAAAGCCUGAUUCCACGGGCGCUGUCUUUGGCGAAAUGCGAAAAAUUUCGCGCGAAAUGAAUUAGAUGCAUGCGCAGUAAAGAGAAAUUAGGCAUCGCAAGAAAAACAUUCGCUUCACCAGUGAGUAUAAGUCAGUUCUACUCACUGCGAAAGCGGAAAAAGUGGGACAAUUCAAUAGAAUCGCUCAUGUGCAACUAUCUGUAUUUCGCAAUUUCUCACGAAGAAUUUCGCCGUCGUGGAAUCAUGCUUUUAGGGACUGGUCAUUAUUUAUUGGGGCACCGAAGAGAAAAGGGUUAGGUAAACAAAAUUUAUUGUCAUUUCCAAAGCGUGACUAUGGCAUGACUCACUCAAAUAUUGAAGUUUAGUGAUGCCAACAGCCAUAUGUCAAUACAAUAUGUAAAUCAAUCGGAGUCACUAUCUUGAUUAUUUUGCGAUUUGUCAGAGGCAAAUGGUGUCUCCAAAGAAUAUACAUGUACAGACAACAUGAAAUAUACACUGCAGAAAAUUGCACAACUUACGCGAGGGGAAAUCAGGUCUCAGGGUAGGUUGGACAAGACCACAUGGACUGACAUCAAAGUAUCGGAAUCAUUGAAAUCCUUUAUCUUUUUCAUAGCUCUUAUUCCAGAAGAUUUUUUUUCGAACUAUGAUCAAUAUGACUGUCCCAAGUUAAAAAUUGAUCAAUUUUGACACCAAGAGCUUUUGUAAACUGAACCUCUUUAAUUGGUUCAUCCCAAUAAAAACACGCGGUUGUUCUUCCAACGUGUUAAUAUUGUACCGUGAUCCAAUCAAAAGAUAUUCCGUUUUGUCUAGGUUAAAAAGCAUGUUAACUUUUAUCAACAAAUUUAUUCAUGUAUAAAUAUACAAAUAAACAUACACGGGUUUUUUUCACAAAACACCCACAUGAAACUAAUAAAUAUUUUUAGUGUUUGAAAUUAUGCUCAAGUAUCUGGAGACAAAGGAUUGGCAACGUUCUUUUUAUGACGUCAUUCCUAAACGCAAGGGAGUAUCGAUGGUAGGUAUGGAUAAUGAGGGAUGUGAAGAGCAAGUGGAUGAAAAUGUUGUAGAGUAGGGUGAAUAUUUAAUGCGUGCCCUUUGGGUACUAUAAAUGUGUGUAUGUACAUAAUGGAUAUUACGGCAUGCCAAUUCAUGGUGUCGACUGCGGGUCCAAAUGACCCCUUCUGCUUUGGGCUAAAAUUGCUGUUAAGGUGGCUCGCUACAGUUGUAAAGAAACAGCAGCGGAAACGUUUUCAGAAACAUUCACCGAAGGAAAAAAGUUAUUGCAUUACAAACCUUUCGCGUCAUUUCGUUACCAGUCCCAUGCUUAAACAACUGUAGGGAGCCACCUUAAAUCAUAACAUGUACCGGGUGUCCCAAAAAAAACUUGCGGUGUUUGAUUUGAUGUAAGACAAAAACUAUAAAAGCUAUUACACUCAAAUAAGUUUUAUUGUAUUGAGGAAAGGCUAACUUAGAUUUUGAUAUACAGCCCUAAAAAUUUCAUGUAAUAUUACGUGAGAUACAAACGUUUGAAUGUGGCGCAUGCUUUAAAAAUGAGUAAAAAAUCGAGAAACAUGGCUGACAAAUUUAUAUGAAAACAAAUUGCCAUUUUCCACAAAAAUUGACAAUUUCAGCAUUUCAACUCAACGUUCAUUUCUGGUAAUGUCCUAGUAUAAGUUAACCUUUCGUGUUUCUUGGGAAGCGAAAUAAGCAUGAAACAUAUAAAAACGUUUGAAAGCAUAUUUGACGUCCUUUGAGAGUUCGUCGUUCGCCUUUCGAAUAUGCCUCGAUUAACAAAAGAUCAAAGAGUUUGGGUUUUAUGGUUUCCCAUGCAAGACAUUGUAUACGUGAAAAAGGACAUACUUUCUAUGAUGAAUGAAUAAAUGUUUAUCCAACAAUUAUGUUUUUCAUUCGUUCUUUUGGCCACAAUAAAACUAUAUAAUCAACUUUAACCAAAUAAUAUUUGAUAGGCAAUUUUAUGCAAAUGUUUAACAUUGAUUGUCAAAUAUGCUUAUUCGAUUUAAAACAUCGAUAGCUCAGUAAAUAUGGCACGGAUAUUCAAAUGUUAUAUAUCAAAAUCAAAGUUAGCCCUUUCUGAAUACAAUAUAACUUAUUUGAGUGCAAUAGCUUUUAUAGUUUUUAUGUUACAUUAAAUCAAACAGCGCAAGUUUUUUGGGGGACACCCGGUAGUUGAGCAUGGGGGGAUAACGAUUAGUGCAUAUCCAAUUAUUCAAUAACUUUUAAAGUAUAUAGUUGAUGGACGACACUUUGCAGCAUACUGAAACUAAUUGUUCUUCAAGCAACUUUUUUGCGUACUCAAAUAGUCUAGUUGCGUCGAUUGAACAGUUGAAUACUUUGAUAUGCAUAUCUUAAAUCUUCCAGUGUCAGUUACAUGUUUUCCCCACCUAGAACGCGUCAUUUAGAUGCGCAGUUAUAUUACUGAUCAGCCCCUUGUGGCGUCUGCGUGAUCGCUUCUGUUAACCGCGAAACCGUACGAAAGACUGAACUAGCAUGUAACAGGGAAAUGAAUAUAACUGGAGUGUUACCUCCAACCGGAAAUUUGAAGCCAAACUUGAAGGCUAGUCCCAGUCCUUUCACUCAUGCGAAGAGUACGGUCAAUCCGUCAACAUGACUGAUGUCUUCUUAAAAACCGGCUUUACACAAAAAAGCUUUUUAACAGCGCUCAAAGCUUUCUGUAAAUGCAUUUAUUCAGGUAAAACUUCCUUUUCCUUAAUUUUUUUCUAAUAAUUGAUUAUUGAAGGAGCGUGCUCGCUCCCUGAAUUGAUUAUUGAAAGAGCGUGCUCGCUCCAUGAAUAGACCUUUCCCCUUUUAAGUGAAAUUUUGAUCUAGACUAGUCUGGACAAAAAUUUCAUCACAGCUUAGUAAUAUUCCAAAGUUUCGUUGCGAAAUGUUGUAAAAUACGGAUAAUAUAGCCUUGCGAAGUUUGCCGUUUUUCAGUCAUUUUAGAUUACAAACGGGAAAUUGAUAAUCAGUUUGAUCAUCUGAUUAUCAAUUUCCCAUUUGUAAUACAAAAUGACUGAAAAACGGCAAACUUCGCAAGGCUAUACUAACCGCAUUUUACAACAUUUCUCAACGAAACUUCGGAAUGUUACUAAUUUUGUGAUGCUUUUUCAAGCUGUGAUAAAAUUUUUGCCCAGGCUAGUCUAGAUCAAAAUUUCACUUAAAAGGGGAAAGGUCUAUUGAUUAUUGAAGGAGCGUGCUCGCUCCCUGAACUACUGGUCUCGCGAGAGAAUCGCGAGGCAUAAUCACGCGGAUCUUGCGUGUCUGGGGGGUCAGAUUUGGUUUUAAGAAAAAGAUAGACAGUUUAUGUGAAGGUAUAGCGUUCCAGUUAUAUUCGUUUCACUGGCAUGCAAUAUCCGUUAUAGUCCGAAGCUGCUGUGAAAAUUAAGCUCUGUAUAAAUCUGCGAAGUUUGCGUCAUCGCGAAGCUAUCGGAAAGGUUCUGUGUUGAUUAUAACAAUAAAACACAAUAUAAAAUACAUUAUUUUUGUAUACGAUUUACAAAACAAGAUUUAACACGGUAGAAAUGUUUUAAAGUGU